AUGUUAAAAAAAUCAAUCUUCAUCUCCGAUUGGUAUUCUUAUUCUCACAUUGUUCAAGCAAAAACCUUUCCGUGCUUGAUUCAUCAUCACCACCACCACUUUAUUUCCUCUUUCAAGCCAUUGAAUCAUUAUUCAUUAAAAUUCACAUCCAACAAUUUUCACACUUCUCUUUCAACCACAAGAAUCAUGAAAAUUUACACAAAAACAGGUGAUAAAGGAACGACAUCACUCUACUCGGGAGAACGCAGAGGAAAGGAUGAUAUCGUUUUUGAAGCAUUGGGAUCUGUGGAUGAAUUAAACGCUCAUAUUGGACUCUCUCGAGAACAUUUACAAAAUUUAUUAUCCAAACAACAACAACAACAAGAAUUUAAUAUCAAUAAUAAUAUCAAUGAUAACACUAAUAAUAAUAAUAGCACAUCAACAAGUGAAGAAUUUGCCAUUCUCCAAUCCUCAACAUGUUUUGAAAAAUUCCCUGAACGAUUAGAAUCGAUUCAAAGUCGACUUUUAGAUGUCGGAAGUUGUAUUGCAACACCAAUGGAAUCAACAUCCUCACUCGAUAAACUCAAUCGUGUCAAAUUCAAUUCUGAAAAUAUCACUCUUUUAGAAGAAUGGAUUGAUCAAAUGGAUGAAUUAUUACCUCCUCUUAAGAAUUUCAUUUUGCCAAGUGGAGGAUUAACGAGUAGUCAAUUACAUGUAGCGAGAACAGUGUGUCGUAGAGCUGAGAGAGAUGUAGUGAAUUUAGUGAAUCUUUCACAGAGACAAGGAUUGGAAGAUGUUCAAAAGUAUUUGAAUCGAUUGAGUGAUUUCUUAUUUAUGGCUGCUCGAUUUGCUGCAAAAAUUGAAGGAAAGGAAGAAGUGAUUUAUAAAAAGGAGUAG